GUUGCCGUGUAGCAAAGACACAGUUGUUUGAAACUCGUCCCAGCGAACAGUUCCAGUUUUCACAAUCUCAGCCGCAUAGUCUAGGUUACAAUUUGUUCAUUGUUUGAUCUAUCUAACUGAACCGAACGAAGCCUAGAAGUGUGUCAAUAGACUUUGAACUAAAGAUAAAUGAGACUUGGUGUCAAGAUAAGUGAGCUCACGAAGAAAAUUCAUCUGAUUUGCUUUCGAUGAACAAAUCAGUCGCGAGUUUUUCAUACCGAUAUUUGAUCGCAUUAGACCACAAAAAUAGCAUGAGUGAGGAGGUUUUCGAAAAAGUUUGAUAGUAAGAAAUCCGUGUCGAGCGACGAACGAAUCGAGUAAUUUUGGGAAAGUUGCCUGUUAAACUAAUUGCGUAAAACAAGUCGAUUGCAAGAAGAAAGAAAAAUGUUGUCCACGUUGUUUCGAACCGGACCGCUGCAGGCUACCGUUGGUCGUCAGGUGAUUCGUGCAAUAGAGCCUCCAACUGCGGUGCAGCAUGUCCGAUCUAUCACGAAAAGCAGCGAGGUUAAUAAUUCCGACUAUAUAACCAUGCGAGAGGACCAGACCCAGAAAGUAAGCCGUGACUAUGAGAGUAAAAUGCAGAUAAGACUGAAGAAAGUUUCGAGAGCACUCUCGACACUAAAUCACUCCGUACCGGAAGCGGUCACGCACACCGUGGUCUCAAAGACCGAGAGUCGCGAAUUUAUGGCCGUAUUUCCCGAUCUAGUCCGUGAUUUGACUGAGUAUGUUAAAAAGUAUGAUGAGAAAGUUGCUGCCAAGUGGUUUGCCCGAUCCCUGCAGUAUAACGUACCACAGGGAAAGAAAAACCGUGGGUUAGCUGCCGUUCUAGCUUAUCGGAUGCUCGCCAAGCCAGAAGAUUUGACCCCGGAGAAUAUUCGACGCGCACACUAUCUCGGUUGGUGUAUUGAAAUGUUCCAGUCAAUGUUCCUGAUCUGUGACGACGUGAUGGACGGUAGCAAAACACGCCGUGGUCAGUCCUGCUGGCACAGAGUAGAUGACGUGAACUUGACCGCAAUCAACGACGCUAUCAUGAUCGAUGCUGCCAUCUUCCAUGUGUUGAAAAAACAUUUUAGCGAUCAACCGUACUAUACUAAGCUGGUGGAAAUGUUUAAUGAAAUAAAAUUCAUAACCACUGUUGGCCAGUCACUGGAUCUCCAGUCAGCAAAGCUAGAUGUUACCAAAUAUACGAUGGAUUUGUAUAAAUCGAUCGUUUCACAUAAGACUGCCUAUUAUACGUUUUAUCUGCCGGUGGCACUAGCCAUGCACAUGACUGGCUUCACCGACCCGGAAGUAUUCCGCCAGACCAGGACAAUUUUGCUGGAAAUUGGUCGGUUCUUCCAGGCUCAAGACGAUUUUCUCGAUUGCUUUGGUGAUCCAACCGUCACCGGCAAAGUUGGUACCGACAUUGAAGAAGGAAAGUGCACUUGGUUGGCGGUAGUAUGCAUGCAACGAGCCUCCGAAGAGCAGAAGGAUAUUAUGAAAGAGUGCUACGGUUCAAGUGAUCCCGCAAAGGUAGCACGAGUGAAGAAAUUGUACGAGGAAUUAGGUCUGCCCAUGACGUACGCAAUCUACGAGGAAGAAUCGUACGGCAUCAUCAAGACUCACAUUCAACAAAUAUCCAGAGGACUGCCGCAUGAACUGUUUUUCAAGAUAAUGGAAAAGAUUUACAAACGAGAUUGUUAAAUACCUCAAUAUCCGUCAAUUGGAUCUAUUUCAGACUUGUUGUAACACAGACACAAUAAUUGUAGGCAUUUAAGAACCUAUAUUGAUACUAUAUCUUUAGCUGUAACCUUUUGUAGGACUGGCUUUUCUGCAGUGAUAGACAAAGAAAAGCGUAACUAAUGUGGUUAGGGUUUUCAGAAAAUCUCGAUCAUCAUUGGAAUUACUUAAUUGUUUAUUGAAACACUAAAUACAUAUAUGUGAUAUGUAUCGUGUCACCUUACUGAAUGAAUUUGUAUUUUGGUAUGUUUUACAUAAUACGUUUUAAUGGCAUUUCAUAUCUCUAAGCAAUUCAAUUUUGAUCAGCACUAAUAAUCAUUGACUUCAUGAGUUGUUCGAAUAUCGAUCUGUUUUCUUUUAACAAAUUAUAUAUGCAGCUUUUGCGUUAACCAUAAAACAUGAAGAAAUACAAAGCAGUUUAAGAAUAAGGGCAAACGAUAACUAUUUGGUAAAACUAGAUGUAGAUUACUACCAAAUGAUUGACGUCAUUUUGGAAAUACAGUAUAAAUGAAAAAUAAAAAGAAUU